CCUACACCUAGGGCCAUACCGCCUACUCGAGACUCGCGAUCCCAGGCGUAUCGCGCGGGCCCUCGCUCAGUCCCCUGCAGUGGAGCGUAGCGAUGGAGUUGUCACGGCUCUGUUGUAUUCUACACAUAUGCUAAGUAUCCCGGUCCGCCUCGGCGUAGAUCGUGUCGCACGCAGUCAGGCCUUUUUUUGGAGUGUCAGGCAUUCGCUUUCAGGCUUAGAGUGUGCAGUCCUACUGAGCAAGUGGUUGUUCUCGUUGACCGAGACCCUAGCCGCGACCCCUUUGACAGACAGCGAGGAUCGCAUUCUACAUUGGGUCUGGUGCAUCGUCGACGAAGCAUGCAUGUCAGUCGACUUUGUGGCUGAGGAGUACAACGGAGCCAUCGAAAGAGACCGCGCAGCCUGGGACUGGCCGUCCACAUGAUAUGGGCGCACUUUUUCAAAAGCAACACUCAAUGGCCUUUCAUCAACGUAAUGGGGCAGGCUCUUCAGAAGUAUCGUAAGCUCGUAUCAGGAUGAUAAAGUAAUUAGAACGCGGUAAGUGCAGAGGCAAUCAGGUUCAUACUCUCCGUCCCUACUUCGAUAUCCUGACUACAAGUCUUCCUCGGAAAUCAGCAUCUUUGUAUGCAUCGACGAUGCCUGGGAUAUCAUCAAAAGAUGCCAUAGCUAAAUGAGACUCGAUGCCGUAUUGGCUAACGACCUCC